AUGCGGUGCGCGAGCAAGGCCACCGAGAUCGCCCCCGCACGUCUCUGUGCGGACGCCGAAGCAGAAACCACAGCAACUGAUGUCUCAUCGGUUGCUGAAGCGACCCAGCCUGUGUCACUUGGUUAUGCAGGCGCUGGUCAUGAAGACACUCAUGUCUUCACAGAGUACGAGCUCGGUGUCUCAUACUCUCCUGAUGCGGAAGACGGAUCCGUUUCGAAGGCGAUCUAA